AACUAACCCGCUGCCUCUUUUCUCAAGUUUUCUCAUAUUCCUUCUGUCUGUUCCUUUCAUCUUCAACCCAAGAAAGCUCUGAUUCUUCAAUCGUUUUCUAUAUGCAUGUAUAUAUACACAUUUUAUUGAAAGUUGAAACAACUUCUUUGAAGCAAAACAAUUGGUGCUUCUCUUGAUUGAGAAACCCCCCACCCCAUGCUCUACUAUUGCUCUAGCUAGAUUGAGAAACUGCAGGACUAGAUCUUGAAGUGGCUCUUGGAGAUGGGUGAUAGAGUUCUUCAGAGUUUUACAUUCUUCUUCCUCUUGUCUAUUUUCCUUAGUUCAGAUCCAAGCAUUGCAGUAAAACCGCCUCUUGAAGCAAUUCAUCAAAGCAAAAAGCUAGAGUAUGAACAACUUCCAGUAAUAUUCACACCUUCAAUAUCUGCUUCUACCCAACUGGACACUAUACCCAUUAUCAACCCAACUCCUCCAACUACAGCAACACCCAUAAUACUUCCGGCAAGUCCACCACCGCCACUAAUCACCACAUUGCCUCCACCAACCACUACCAUACCAACCAUGGCUCCACCGCCUCCGACCACCACCACCACCACCACGCCUACAACAUCAGGAGGGGCUUGGUGUGUCGCAAGCCCUACUGCUUCAGAAACUGCUUUGCAGGUGGGUCUUGACUAUGCUUGUGGCUAUGGAGGUGCAGAUUGUUCAGCAAUUCAGGCAGGGCAAAGCUGUUACAAUCCAAACACUAUCCGAAAUCAUGCUUCGUAUGCAUUCAAUGAUUACUACCAGAAGAAUCCAGUUCCAACUAGCUGCGUUUUCGGUGGGGUAGCACAGCUCACCUACACUGAUCCAAGUUCUGGAAACUGUCAUUAUGCAACACCGAGAGCAACUACUUCGACGCCAACACCGCCAACAACGAUUCCUUCGUCGCCGCCACCACCCAGUUACAGCACAACCACACCGAUUAAUCCUUACACCACCCCCUCUGUACCAACGGUCUACGGCUCAGAACCGACAUCAUCUCCCAGCUCAGCAGAUUCAGUGUCGCAAAACCUAAUGCUUCUCUUCACCAUGGCUUGUUUCUCACUUCUAGCAGCAAAUCAUCUCUAGACAGUUGACAAAGAAAUUGUGUUGUUUUCUCUCUCAUCACAUUGAGAAGGUGAUUCAGACGGGGGUGGUGUGAAUUUUCCAUCGCAUACCAGAUAUUAAUCUCAAGGCCUGUUCUUUUACAUCUAGAUCAUUGCUAGCCUAAAGUUUUACUUUUGUGCCGUAGUUCAACUAAGAAGCAUGUAGAGAGGAAGAGCCAAGUAAGAUAGGUUAUUUUCAGCUACUCUUUCUGGAGUUAACAGAUAAGUAUUUAUAGUCUACACAAGUUGGUUUUAGGACUGCUUUAGCGCAGAGACGGUGUACAAUAGCCAUCAGCUGACUCAAUGAUAAGAUGAUUAAUACGCUA